AUGUUGCACACUAUUUUCAAAUUGAGAACGUUCCAUACUAUUCUUACGCGGAACACAAUUCCACUGAUUCAAAAUCGAUCUUUUUCGUAUAAAAGACGCAUUCAACGAUACUUCAACGAUGGGAUCAAUUUACAACAGCAAACAAUUGAAAUUAAUUCCACGGAACGUAUUCGUCGAUGCAUAUUCUAUAAAGAUGUUGAUCUCUUCUCAUUCUAUAAAACAACUUGUCCUCGAGUUCGAACUCUAGGCGAUGCUUUACAAGAAGGUUGCAUUGCUUCGAAAGACGGACCAUGCAUAGGUACUGUUCAAUCAGCAGGGAAAACAAGUGUAUUACAAUGGCUAACCUAUUCCAAAGUCACAGAACGCAGUCAAUACAUUGGCUCGUAUCUUUGGUCGAAAACGAAACCGACACCGAUGAAAGUUAAAGUAGCAAUCUUAUCGUCAAAUCGACCGGAAUAUUUAUUUGUCGAACAAGGAUGUUACAUGUAUGGUUUAGUUGUCAUUAGUCUGUACACAACGUACGAUGCAGCAACGAUUUUAAAAGUUCUUCAACGCACACAAGCAGACAUAUUAGUGAUCGAUAAUCUGGAACGGGUCAAGUCCUUUGAGAAUGAGUUAUUAAGCAAUGAUAUUUUGAAAGAAAUUAUCGUCUUAGAUGAUACGAAUUCGUUAAACAAGAAAAUUCGAUCGAUCUCUAGUAUAUACAAUUCAAUGAAAAGUACGGAUAUAUGUCAACGACCUUAUGUGGAUCCGGAGAGUAUUGCCACAUAUAUUCUGACCAGUGGUACUACAGGAGAACCGAAAAUUGCCAUGCUUUCUCAUGAAAAUCUUCUUGCCACUGCCAAAGGUCAUCUUAUUCGUUUAAAUCAAGCGAAUAUAAAAAAACCAGUAACCGAUCGGCACUGUUCCUUCUUACCAAUGGCUCAUAUUUAUGAACGAUUUAUACUUCUACAAGGCUUACUUACUGGUACACAAAUCGUUUUCUGUCCGACACCCGAACAACUUCCCACGUAUUUAUCAAUAGUAAAGCCGACUCAAGCCUCUGUUGUACCACGCGUUUUAAACAAAGUCUAUGACGCCAUUAUGGCAGAAGUAAAUAAGAGUACAAUGAAACGAUUUCUGGUGCAACAAGCACUACGUGAAAAUCCGUCAUUUCUAUCACAGAUCGCUUUUCGUAAAGUGAAACAUUUGUUUGGCGACCAAGUAAAAGCAAUGAUUACGGGAGCUGCACCCAUUACUCCUGAUGUCAUGCAUUUCUUCCGUAUUGCGUUGGAUAUACCUAUUAUGGAAGGAUAUGGACAAACGGAAUCUGCAGGUGCUGGAACAAGUACUCAUCCGGUAGAUAUGUCCUAUGGCACUAUUGGUUCGCCCGUACCAACAGUAGAAAUCAAACUGAUUGAUGUACCAGGUACAAAUUAUCGAAGUGAAAAUAAUCAAGGCGAAGUUUGUAUCCGUGGACCGACUGUCUUCAAAGGAUAUUAUGGUGACGAAGCCAAAACGCGGGAAACUGUCGACGCCGAUGGUUGGUUACAUACGGGUGACAUUGGCGAAUGGACCAAUACUGGAGCAUUGCGUAUUAUUGAUCGUACGAAGCAUAUAUUCAAAUUAAGUCAAGGUAAAUAUAUUGCACCGGAACGCCUUGAAGAUGUCUACAUUCGUUCUCGAUGGGUUGCACAAAUAUUCGUCGAUGGACUUUCAUCCAAAGAAACCAUUGUUGCUAUUGUCAUACCCGAUGAAGAAUACACACGAAAAACGUACAAAUCAGAUAGAUCAUUUGCUGAUUUAUGCAAAGAUAACAAGUUGAAAGAGAUUAUCGCAGCGGAUUUAAAUCAACUAGCGGAAAAAUAUCGAUUGAAACCCUAUGAAACAUUAACUAAUAUUCACCUACAUCCCGAAUUAUUUUCACAAAACAAUGGAUUGUUAACAGUUACAUUGAAAACACGACGCACUAAUGCUCGUAAUCACUUUCAAUCGAUCAUUAAAUCUUUAUACGAAGAUAGUCCAGUUCAAAAGCAAUAA